AUGGCAGCUCUACUCGGUGGUGGAGAAGAGGCUUUGGGUCAACUGGGCCAGUUUCCUCUGGAACAAUGGUUCUUUGAAAUGCCACCUUGCACGCGCUACUGGACCACCGCGACCGUCGUUACAUCCAUCCUCCUGCAAUGCAAGGUCCUCACACCAUUUCAGUUGUUCUAUUCCUUUAGAGCCGUUUACAACAAAUCUCAGUACUGGCGACUGUUCACUACCUUCAUUUACUUCGGCCCGCCCUCCAUGGAUCUUGCAUUCCAUGUCUUCUUCCUUCAGCGAUAUUCCCGACUACUAGAACAAGGCUCGGGCCCAUCUCCUGCUGUUUUCUCUUGGCUGUUGCUCUACGCAUGCACAUCACUCCUGGCCCUCAGCUCAUUGACCACUUACAUCCCGUUCCUUGGCUCAGCAUUGUCAAGUACUUUGGUUUAUAUCUGGUCAAGGAGAAACCCCGAUACUCGCUUGAGUUUCCUCGGUGUUCUUGUCUUCACGGCCCCAUACCUCCCAUGGGUGCUCAUGGCGUUCAACAUGUUUAUGCACGGUAACAUCCCCAAGGACGACAUUAUGGGUGUCAUUGUGGGGCAUGUCUACUACUUCUUUGCUGAUGUCUGGCCCGGCAUGCAUGAGGGCCAGAGACCUAUGGACCCUCCGGAGUUUUGGGUCAGACUCUUCGAACGUCGAAGAAGAGAUACCGCUGAACAAAACAUUGAUGGUGAUGUCGCUGCCGCGGCUGCUCGGCCGGCUGAAGUGCGAUGA